AUGCGCACGUCGUCACCAGUGUUCAAGACACGAUCAUUCGCUACAAACGCGUCCGAGUUACGGUCUGUCGUGUUUAAGGACCACCUGCGUACUGUGCAGAUGGCUGAAACGAAGGAAACAGUAUUACCUGGUGGACGUGACAAGUUUUCCUUACUGCCUAAGGCCUUUGAUGGUAUUAAGCAGGUUGGUGUCAUUGGCUGGGGCUCGCAGGGCCCUGCACAGGCGCAGAAUCUGCGUGAGUCGCUCGAGGUGAAGACAAGGGCAAUCUCGGGGGAGAUGUUUGACGUCAUCAAAGAGUCGGACUUGGUGGUGCUACUCAUUAGCGACUCGGCCUGUGUCAAUUUAUACCCCAAGAUCUUCCCACUCAUCAAAUCAGGUGCUACGCUUGGUUUAUCGCAUGGUUUCUUGCUGGGUCAUCUUGAGUCAGUGAAUGAGUCCUUCCCAAAGGACAUUAACGUGGUCAUGAUGGCUCCAAAGGGCAUGGGUCCUAGCGUCCGUCGUCUCUACGUACAGGGCAAGACAGUGAAUGGAGCCGGCAUUAAUGCUAGUGUGGCUAUCCACCAGGACGUGACGGGUAAGGCAUCUGAGAUCGCUCUUGGCUGGAGUGUUGGCGUCGGUGCCCCCUACACCUUCUACACGACCAUGGCUGACGAGUAUAAGUCAGAUAUUUUCGGUGAACGUUGUAUCUUGCUCGGCGGUGUGCACGGUCUCGUUGAGUCGCUUUUCCGCCGAUACGUGCAGAAUGGCAUGAGCCCCGAGGACGCCUUUAAGAACACGGCCGAGUGCAUCACCGGUCCGCUGAACGAGAAGAUUUCGCACGAUGGUAUCAAGUCAGUCUACGAGAGCUUCAAAGGCGAGGACAAGAUCAUCUUCGAGAAGGCCUAUACGGCUGCUUAUACACCGUGCCGUGACAUCAUCGAAGAAGUGUAUGACGACGUGGCCUGCGGGAACGAAAUCCGUAGCGUCAACAACGCGGUGGCUCGCCACGAUCGCUUCCCGUUUGGUAAGAUCGACCAGACGUACACGUGGAAGAUUGGUGAGAAGGUGCGCGCCGCUCGCGACGGCAGCUUUGUCAUGAACCCGUUCACAGCUGGCUCAUACGUGGCCAUGAUGAUGGCUCAGAUUGACGUGCUUAUCAGUCACGGCCACUGCUACUCUGAGGUAGCCAACGAGUCGGUGAUUGAGUCAGUGGACUCUCUUAACCCUUACAUGCACGCCCGUGGCGUUGCGUACAUGGUGGACAACUGCUCUACGACGGCUCGUCUCGGCUCUCGCAAGUGGGCACCUCGCUUUGACUACAUCUUGACAGAGCAGGCCUACGUUGCCGUAGACGACAACAAAAUCAAGAACGAGGCCAAGAUCAUGAGUGAAUUUAAGAACCACAAGAUCCACGAGGUGCUCGAGGUGUGCUCUUCGAUGCGUCCCAGCGUUGACAUUGCCGUCGAGUAA